CUGUCGCCCAUCAUGACAGCCAACAGCAUUUCUCAAGUGUGCCUCACAAACUCAACGAUACCACUCACAGGCAACCGACCCCUUUUAUUCCGACCAACCUCAUCACCACAUACCGGCUCGUCGUCGCGUAUUUUUAUCCUCAUGCGUUGAAAUGCUCAGUUUAUCUGAAAACCUGCAGCAAAACAGCUCGCUCUGUCUCUUGUACGGCUGAUUAUUAGUCGCGAUUUGGAAGUCAGUGUUAGUAAGACUGUUGCGGCUUACCUUCGCGCGCGUUCCUGUAGUUUCUGUCAUUCAAUAGAGCAUUAAAGGUGGACGCUACUUUAUAUUAAGCCUUUAUAAUCUGAUUUGAGCCCCUCAAGUAUACGGACACGCGCAACGAUGUUCGAACCCAGAGGAAUUCCAUUUGUUUUGCUUGAUAUCGUGUGUCUAGUUCUCGCUGGCCUCCCGCUUGCAGCGUUUAACCUGGGUAAAAUCAAACCGUAUCAGCGGGGCUUUUUCUGUAAUGAUGAGAGCAUCAGCUAUCCCUUCCACAACGGCACAGUCACCUCCACUGUGCUGUACACAGUGGGCUUCACAAUUCCUAUUUGUAGUAUGAUCAUAGGGGAGUGCCUUUUAGUCUAUCUAAACCGCAUCAAAUCAAAGUCUUUCUGCAAUGGUUAUGUGGCCUGUACCUAUAAGGCCAUUGGCACCUUUUUGUUUGGUGCCGCCCUGAGCCAGUCACUCACUGACAUUGCCAAGUAUUCCAUCGGCCGGCUUCGACCACACUUCCUGGAUGUGUGCAAACCUGACUGGAGUCGGAUCAACUGUACAGGAGGGGCUUACAUCGAGGACUUCAACUGCACUGGGGAUGCAGCAAAGUUCAAUGAGGGCAGACUCUCCUUUUACUCGGGUCACUCCUCAUUCUCCAUGUACUGUAUGCUGUUCCUGGCACUUUAUCUUCAAGCAAGAAUGCAAGCUGAGUGGGCACGACUCCUUCGACCCACGAUCCAGUUCUUCCUGAUCGCUGCCUCCAUCUAUACGGGAUUGUCCCGCAUCUCGGACUACAAACAUCACUGGAGUGACGUGCUCACAGGCCUCAUACAAGGAGCAAUUAUGGCUUUACUAGUGGUAUUCUUUGUGUCGGAUUUCUUCAAAAAGAAGGUUGAACCCCAGGAGGCAGAGAUCCCACACACUACCUUACAAGAGACACCUACGAAUGGAAAUCAUUGACAGCCUAAGCUACCAGGGACCUUGUUCAUGCAACCCAAGGAGUCAUGGGGGAAAAAGUUUAAGCAUGCACCCACUUCAAGGGCAGACCACUAGGGUGGAAACCUGUGAAUGUAACCUAGCUUUAAAUGUUAUACAGACACCCCCCCCCUGCUGUGGGUUUGGGUCUCUUUCAGUUGUCCUACAUUGCCUCGGCUGGACUGCCUCUGCUGCUACCACAGCUUCCGGUGUAUCUUCUACUAUAAGUGUACCUCUAUUACUCACAAAAAAGAACUUUUUUUAUCUAUGUGGAAAAAAAAAUAAAAUCAUCAUACAGAAUGUUUUAUUAAAACUGAUAAAAUGUAUGUACAAAAUAUGUUGUGCUUUUUGAUGAAAAUAAAAACCAAUUAUACUUGUUGGACACAAAUAAAACAAUUAUGUUCAAUGUUAA